AUGAUAUUUAAGACAUUAUUUCUUAUUUUAAUAUUUUCAAAAUGUGUACCGUCGGAAGUGUUUACAAUAGGUGGAAUAUUUUACUCAGACUCCGAAGAUCUGAAGGCAGCUCUUGUUGUAAGCGCAAAAAAGUAUGAUUUUAAUGUUUCAAUAAGGGAAGUGUCAAGAAACGGUGAAAUACUCGAUUUAAAUGAUGUUAUAUGUGAACUUGCGGAGGAGGGAGUAAUAGGGAUCAUAGAUGGCACAGGUGGUCAAUCAACGGCGUUUAUUCAAGCUCUAUGUGAUAUGUUGGAAUUACCCCACGUCACCGUACAGCAUAAUGACGUAAAUGAUAAAAACGCCUUCAUACUGAAUUUACAUCCCAGUUCCGCAGCUUAUAAUAUGGUAAUGGAAAAAUUGGUAGCACGAAAAGGCUGGCCAACUUUUACAAUACUUUAUUUAAAAGGUUACAAUAUAGCUCGUAUAAGCAGUUUAUUGAAAAUGAAUACUCACAAUGACAGAUAUAUUGUAACUGCUAGAGAACUGAGUGGCGACGACUACAGGGAUGCUCUUAUUAAAGCACGGGACAGUGGCUAUACGAACUUUGUAGUCGAUUGUCCUACAGCAAAUUUGGAAUUAAUUUUGAAGCAUGCUCAAGAAGUUGGUUUGAUGGCUGAUGAACACUCAUACAUAUUUGUAUCAACUGAUUUGUUUACAAAGGAUUUAGAAAGAUACAGAUAUGGGGGAGUUAAUAUGACGGGUCUGAGUUUAGGAAACUUGGAACAGAAUGAAGAUCUAUGGAAUUUCACGGAUAUGUUUAACAGAGAAUCUGGUUUAGCUCUUGAAUCAAUUCAACUUAAAAGUAAAAUCUUAUUGAUACAUGAUGCUGUUCUUAUAUUUAUGAAGGCUACAGAAAAGAUGAAGAAAUAUCUGAAAAAACCAGUGGAUCUAAGCUGCGUAAAUUAUACUUCGUGGAAUCACGGAUCUUCAUUGUUAAAUUUCAUGAAAACUAAUAAAGUCGAAGGAUUUACGCGAUCAUUAUUAUUUGAUGGUUACGGAGACAGGAAUAAUGUCAUAUUUGAUAUUCUUGAAGUCACACCCGCUGGAAACCAAACGAUUGGAAACUGGAAUAAUAGCGAUCUCAUAAUUACUAGACAGUCCGUGGGUUCAACCGAUAUUGUUGAAGAGACUAUCAUGAUGAAUAGAACGUUUAAAGUGUUAAUUUCAACAUCCCCUCCUUAUGGAUACGUCAAAGAAUCAACACAUCAAUUAGAAGGAAACGAUCGUUAUGAAGGAUUUACGAUAGAUUUAAUUGAAAAAUUAUCGCAAAUAUUAGGAUUUAAUUAUGAAUUUGAAGAACAAAAUGCUUAUGGUUCCCUGGACAAAGUGACAAAAAAAUGGAAUGGAAUGGUUCUACAACUUAUGGAAGAUAGAGCAGACUUCGCCAUUUGCGAUUUUACAAUGACAUCGAUACGACAAAGUGUAAUAGAUUUUUCAACGCCAUUCAUGACUCUCGGAAUAGGAAUUUUGUACAAAGAACCUAGCAAGCAACCUCCUGCAAUGUUUUCUUUUAUGGCUGUUUUCUCAAAGGAAGUUUGGUACUAUAUGGUGUUGGUGCAGCUAGGUCUUGGAGUGAUAAUGAUAUUUGUCGGUCGAAUUUCGCACAAAGAAUGGCAGAAUCUAGUACCUUGCAUUGAAACCCCAGAAGAGUUAAUCAAUCAGUUUAGUUUUUCGAAUUCCGUGUGGCUUAUUAUCGGAUCAGUUAUGCAACAAGGAUCUGAGAUUGCUCCAAUAGCAUUAGCACCACGUUUAAUAACAAGUGUUUGGUGGUUCUUUACAAUGGUAAUAGUGGCGUCAUACGUAGGGACGCUGGUAGCCUUCCUAACGGUUGAGAAGAAUGUUCUUCCUUUUGAAACAGUAGAGCAGCUUUACAAGCACAAGUCAAUCUCAUAUGGUGCUAAGCUAAAUGGAUCAACAAAAGAUUUCUUUGAGCAUUCAACCAACCCUACACUUAUGAAUAUGUACAAGAAAAUGAUUGAAAAUAACUGGUUAGUCGAUAACAACGAUAUAGGUGUAGCAAGAACCGAAAAUGAAACAUAUGCCUUUUUCAUGGAAUCGACGUCUUUGGAAUAUUACAAAGAAAGGCAUUGUGAUUUACUCCAAAUAGGGAAUUUACUUGAUUCGAAAAGAUCACCUUACAAAAAAUAUAUAGACUACGGAUUGCUCAAGUUAAAGGAGUCAGGUGAAAUUGAGAAGUUGAAAAACAUUUGGUGGAAAGAAAAACGUGGCGGUGGCAAAUGUGGGAUAAAACAAGAUGAAGAGCAGAAACAACUUGGCUUGAAAAACAUGUUGGGUGCCUUCGUGGUUUUGGGCGCCGGUUGUAUAAUUGGAUUGUUCAUAUCUAUAACUGAUAUGUUAUGGGGGGUCUUCAAGCGUUCUGUUAAGUAUAAUACAACAUUCAAGUACGAGCUUGUCGAAGAGCUUAAGUUCGCGCUUAAAUUUAGCGGUGAUAUAAAACCCGUGAAGAGACCGCCACGGGAGCAAGGAAGCGUAGAGACACUUGCGGAUGCUGAAGGGAAGGAUGAGGUUAAAUCACUACGCUCUAUUCGAUCUGGAAGAUCAACUGACACUCACCGAACCCAUCACUCCCACAGCUCCAAACAUUCUUCGAGUGGCCUAAGCGUAGCCUUUGCGAGGCGACGUAAAUACAGUUAA